AUGAGUGCCGCCGCCGUCGAAGAUGGCCUCAAGGUCGAAAAGCGUCUCGCUUCUUCCGCCACAACUACUCCAGAGAAUGAGAAACAUGAGGAAGGAGCGAAGGACGUUGCCCCAGACGAGGCAAAACCCCGGCCCGAGCGAACAGCGACAUUCAACGAUUAUCUGAGAGUAUUCAAAUAUGCGUCGAAAUGGGAUUUCCUUGCCUACACUGCAGGCGUGUUGGCAUCUAUCGGUGCUGGCAUCACCCUGCCCCUAAUGAACGUUGUAUUCGGCAAGUUCGUUGGAAACUUCAGCAGUUUUUCAAACUUCACCGCCGGAGGCGCCGGCAUCACAAAGGCCGAAUUUGAAUCCAAGCUGGACAAGUUGGCAUUGUACAUGUUCGCAUUGUUUAUUGGUCGUCUUGGACUGAACUAUAUCAACAAGGCCGAGGGAAAAGCUGCAGCCGUUGCCAGCGAGGCAAUGGCCAGUAUUCGCAUGAUCAUGGCCUGUGGUGCUGAAUCGCGAAUAGCCAAGAAGUACGCGGCGUUUGUUGAAGAGACAAAGAAACAUGCUCAGUUUAUGUCUCCACUCAUUGCGCUUCAAUUUGGAUUAAUUUUCUUUGGUGCCUUUGCCGCCUUUGCCCUUGCCUUCUGGUACGGCAUCAAGUCGUUUGUUGACGACUCAAGGGGCGAUCUUAGUACCAUAGUGAUCGUCUUGUUCUCCGUUAUGAUGGUUGUCUUCUCGCUAGAGAGAACAUCAACGCCAAUGUUGGCCGUUAGCAAAGCUACAGUAGCCGCCUGCCAGUUUUUCACCGUUAUUGAUGCCCCUGUCCCGAGCAAGGGCUACCUCAAAGACCCCGAAGUAGCUGCUACAGAUGAUAUAGUGCUGGAUGAUGUUACUUUCGCAUACCCUAGUCGUCCUCACGUCAAGAUCCUUGAUCGAUUGGAUUUACGGAUCGAGUCUGGAAAGAUUACGGCCAUUGUUGGCCCAUCUGGUUCUGGCAAGAGUACCAUCGUUGGCCUCAUAGAACGGUGGUACAGCCUCAAAGAUCAACAUGUCGUUGCCAAAGCUGUGGAAAAGAAGAAGGAAAAGAAAGGCUCCGAGUCUGAGGAUGAUGAACCGGAGGAAGGCCAGUCUGAGCCUGAGGACACCGGACCCCCCAUCAAACUCAGCGGCACAAUAUCCACUUCUGGUCACCUACUCGAUGAUAUUGAACUGAAAUGGUGGCGAUCACAAAUUGGACUGGUUCAACAAGAACCCUUUCUUUUCAACGAUACUAUCUACACGAACGUGGCAAAUGGCUUAGUAGGCUCCCGAUGGGAGCACGAGUCGGAAGAGAAGAAGAGAGAAUUAGUCAAGGAAGCUUGUAAAGAAGCCUUCGCUGACGAGUUUAUCGACAAACUCCCCGCGGGCUACGAUACACUUGUGGGGGACAGCGGUGCCAAGUUGUCAGGAGGCCAACGCCAACGGAUUGCCAUUGCCCGAUCCAUCGUUCGAAAGCCUACGAUUCUCAUUCUUGACGAAGCCACAAGUGCCAUUGAUGUCCGCGGCGAACGGAUCGUGCAAGCUGCACUGGACAGGGUUGCCAAAAAUAGGACGACUAUCACCAUUGCGCAUCGUUUGUCAACGAUUAAGAAGGCAGACCGUAUUGUCGUCCUCAAGAAGGGCAAGGUGGUGGAGAGUGGGACGCACGAGGGUCUCAUUGCAAUGGAAAAUGGCGUGUAUGCCGGUCUUGUCAACGCACAAACCUUGUCCCUUGGGGCUGAACAUGACGCCGCGAAUGAGGCCGUUGAUACGGACGGCGACGGGAGCAUUCUUGAGCGCGAGAAGAGCAAGGCAGCCUCUGAACAUGAAGCCAUGGCUGAGACCAAGUUGGAAAAGCAGCGGAACCUCGUCAGGAGUUUUGGCCGCUUUUUCUACGAAUCAAAACAAUAUUGGUAUCUCAUGUGCCUAACGGUGUUUUUUGCAGCGUGUGCUGGAGCUGCCAUCCCUCUCCAGGCUUACAUGUUUGCCAAUGUUGUGGUCAUUUUCAAGUACGAGGGCGACAAGCCAAAGCUUAUGUCCGAAGGCAACUUUUGGUCUCUUAUGUGGACAAUUCUCGCUAUCGGGGUGGGAUUUGCUUAUUUCUUCUGCUUCUUAUUUUCGACACGGCUGGCCUCGAUUAUUCGAAACAAGUAUCAGCAGAUGUACUUUGAGGCCAUUCUCCAUCAGAAGGCAUCAUUUUUCGAUGAAGAGGAUCAUUCGCAAGGGACCAUGACUUCCCGUGCCUCCGGAGACCCCAAGCAGCUUGAAGAGCUGAUGGGAGCGAACAUGGCUAGUGUUUACGUCGCUAUUUUCAGUCUUACAGGAUCAAUUACCAUCGCCUUCUCGUUCGGAUGGAAGCUAGCAUUGGUAUCAACUUGCGUUGUCUUGCCCAUACUUCUUGGUUCGUCGUACUGGCGUUUCAAAUAUGAGAUCCAGUUUGAGAAGAUGAAUAAUGAAGUAUUUGCAGAAAGCUCCAAAUUCGCAUCAGAGUCCAUCGGUGCAUUCCGAACCGUCACUUCUCUAACCCUUGAGGACCCAAUAUGUCAGCGAUUUGGGGAACUUUGCCAGGGGCACGUCGUGACAGCCUUCAAGAAAGCCAGAUGGGUUAGUUUGCUCUUUGGCUUCUCAGACAGUGCUACCAUGGCAUGCCAGGCUCUUGUAUUUUACUACGGCGGCCGACUACUUCUCAGUGGCGAGUACCAAAUCUUGAACUUCUUUGUUUGCUUCAUGUCUAUCAUUCAAGCUGGCGAAUCCGCUGGCCAAGGAUUGAGUUUUGGACCAAAUGCCGCUCAGGUAACAGCUGCUUCAAAUAGAAUUUUGAACAUGCGAGACUCAAGGCUGCGCGAUGACCAUUCUGAAAAGGAUGAAAUUCCGGAGGCAAAGGGUGGGAUGAAGAUUGAGCUGGAAAACGUCCAUUUCAAGUAUCCGUCUCGCGACACUCCGGUAUUCCAAGGUUUGAGCUUGACGAUUGAGAAGGGCCAGUUUGCCGCUUUGGUUGGCGCAUCUGGAUGUGGCAAGACGAGUGUCAUUUCACUCUUGGAGAGGUUCUAUGAUGUGGAAAGGGGACGAAUUCUUUGCAACGGCAGAGAUAUCAAGGACGUGAAUAUAUACGCCUAUAGGCGACAUUUGUCGCUUGUUGCACAAGAAGCAACCUUAUUCCAAGGUACCCUUCGAGAGAACAUCCUGCUAGGCGUCGACGACCAAGCAAUUACGGAAGAAAAGCUCCACCGGGCCUGUCGCGACGCCUCCAUCCACGACUUUAUCGUCUCCCUCCCAGAAGGAUACAACACAAAUAUUGGCUCUCGAGGAGUCACCCUCUCCGGCGGCCAGAAGCAGCGCGUAGCCAUCGCUCGAGCUCUCAUCCGUGACCCGAACAUUCUGCUCCUCGACGAAGCCACUAGUUCUCUUGACUCGGAAAGCGAGAAGCUCGUGCAAGCUGCGUUUGAGCGCGCUGGCCAAGGGCGUACCAUGGUCGUUGUUGCACAUAGGUUAGCUACUGUUCAGAAUGCAGAUGUUAUUUUCGUGCUAGGCGAAGGCGGAAGGCUGUUGGAGCAAGGCAAUCAUAUGGAACUACUUAGAAAGAGGGGUGUUUACUGGCAAAUGUGUCAAAGCCAGGCUCUAGAUCGGUAA